AUUUUUUCUCUCUCAACUUUUGAGCUCUUCUCUUGUUUUGUACAUGCUGGCGCCUGGCGGCUGUUUUCUGGGAAUCUUGUGAAAAUAAAAUGAAUACAUACAUACUUGUCCAAUGUCCUAAUUCAGUGUGAGUCGUGCAGUCAUCCAAGGGAAGCACUAUGAAGACUGUUACGUUGAUAUGGAUAGCCGUUCUCAUACUGGCUUUGGCUCGAAAUGCUUACGCUCCAUGGACCUUGGUAACAACCUUGACGUUCAGUGCAAUAGCUGUUGUGCUUUUGGUACUGCACCUGACCGAUGACGAUGGUCUCGAUGCCUCAAGGGAGAACCACAAAGCCACGUCGCUCGCUGACAAACGAAAGGCCAUUUACACAGCUGAUCAAAGAACCUCAGCUGAGGCUGAGGCUUCGGCGAAAGACGCUCCUUCAGGGUGUUGCAAGGAUGCCAGUGUUGCUUCUGGUACGUCAGCUGGUGAGGGAUAUUGUAAGAGCGCUGCAGUUGAAACAAGUGAGCAGGCGCGCGAGUCUGGAUGCUGUAAAAGCGUAAGCAGUGAUGCGCAAGUGUCAUCUGGCGGUUGCUGCCAAAGCGAGGAAACUGCUUCGGAGUCGGGAUGCUGUAAAACACAGGCGGAGGAGAAACCUACUUAUGAUGAGGGUAGAGUGUACUGUAAAAUCUUGUUCUCGUCUGUGAAGGGUACUUGCAAGGGAAUGGCCGCUGAAUUGAAUGCUUUGAUGCUAAGCGAAUUGGCAGAUGGUGGUCUCAAGAAGGAAAAUGUGCAAGUCAUUGAUUUGGCAGAUUACAAUCCUUUGGAUCUCGAAGAAGAGGAUUUACAGUGUUUGAUGGUCUUCAUCGUACCAACCUACUCUGGUGGCCUUCCUCCAGAGAGCAGUGCUGGGCUGUGCCUGUACCUCGAAGACUGCCACCUCGACCAGCGUGUGUCUAAGAAACAUCUGCAGGAUAUCCGAUACGCCGUGUUCGGCUGUGGACACUCGUCGUACAUCUCUGCGCACUACAACACGGUGGGGAAGAACGUGGACAGGUGGCUGCAGGCUUUGGGUGGGCGUAGACGCUUUGGACUGGGGUUGGGCAACCAGGAUGUGACGGAGAGCAAGAACGGCAGCAUCGAGGCGGAUUUCACGGAGUGGGCGCAGCGUUUGGUGAGAACGUACCAGAAUAAGCCACUGGGUGGUCCCGCCGCUGGAGAUAACGUUGUGGAGCAAAACGUCGUUACCGAAGAGGCGUACGAAUCGGAUAGUUCAAGUUACAGUGAUGAAGAGGAUGGUAACCAGGACGAUGGAAUGCAGGAUCUGGAAGAUAUGGGUCCUCUCAUGGCGAAGAUGAAGGCGCAGAAGAAGAAGGAGUCGAGUGGCGGCCCUCGAGAGAUGAUUACACCAGCUCUGCGCAAGUCACUGACCAAGCAAGGAUAUAAGCUCAUCGGCACUCACUCAGGUGUCAAACUCUGUCGUUGGACCAAGUCGAUGUUGCGAGGCAGGGGCGGGUGCUACAAACACACGUUCUAUGGUAUCGACUCGCACCGUUGCAUGGAGGCCACACCGAAUUUGGCGUGUGCAAACAAAUGUAUCUUCUGCUGGAGACAACACACCAAUCCUGUGGGAACGGAGUGGAAAUGGAAAGUGGACGAAGCUGAUAUGAUCGUCAACGAGGCUAUCAAGAAUCAUCGCGCGCUAAUCAAGACAGCCAAAGGAAUUGCGGGGCUGAUUCCAGAACGAUAUGAAGAGGGACUGAAUGUGAAGCAUUGUGCACUCUCUCUUGUCGGAGAGCCUAUUAUGUACCCACAGAUCAACCGUUUCAUCGGUCUGCUGCAUGAGCGUCGGAUAUCUUCCUUUAUGGUUACAAACGCCCAAUUCCCGGAGGCAAUAACUCGGCUUAGCCCUGUGACGCAAUUGUAUGUCAGUGUGGAUGCCGCUACGCCCGAGAGCUUGAAGAGGAUCGAUAGGCCUCUAUUCUCUGAUUUCUGGGAGCGGUUAAUGUCCAGUCUGGACGAAUUGGGCCGCAAGCAACAGCGAACUGUGUAUCGAUUGACUCUAGUAGCUGGAUUCAAUAUCGAGGAGAUCGUUCAGUACGCCAAACUCAUUCAACGGGCGAAACCGCAAUUCAUCGAGAUCAAGGGUGUGACAUACUGUGGUACGUCGGACGCAAGUGUGAUGACCAUGCAGAAUGUGCCAUGGCACGAGGAAGUGGUAGGGUUCGUGCAGCAGCUGUGUGACCUGACCCCCGGGUACUCAAUUGCCUCUGAGCACGAGCACUCUAACUGUGUGCUGGUUGCACGGGACGAGUUCAAGAUCGAUGGGCAGUGGCACACGUGGAUCGACUACGAUAAGUUCCACGACCUAAACGAUCGGUUUAACAAGACCGGCGAGAAAUUCACAUCGCUAGAUUUCGCAGUCAAAACUCCAUCUUGGGCCGUUUUCGGUUGUGACGAGCAGGGCUUCGAUCCCGAGGAAACUAGACAUUACCGUCGUAGGCAAAAUAAGGCCGGAGGUUUAUAGUAGUCUUGUAGAGAGGUAUCUUUUCAGUUGUGUGGGUUAGACCUAGUGUCUAAGGAUUUUUUAUUUAGAAUAAACACUUUUUUGAACUC